AUGAACCGUGUGUUACUGCGGACUGUCGGCAUCGUGGGAGGAGGCUUCGUGGCCGUUUCCGUCACGUCGUCGCUGUGCCUGAGAGUUGCGACUGCAGUGCUGGAAAAACGACGAGUCAAGACUGCCCCCCCUUGCACCGUGUGUCAAGGCAAGCGGUUUUACCCGUGUCAGUUGUGCCGAUCAGCGGGGAAGAUUCAGUGGAGUCCUUUAGCUGACCCUUGCUCAUAUUGA